CGCCCUCGCCGUUGAGAGCUUCUGAGUACAAAUCUUUACUAAAGCUUGACUAAUUUGUAACGGUUCUAAAAAUUACGUAAACAGUCUAAUUUGCAACACAAGAUUCUCAGUGGUUAUUUAUUAGUCAGUCUGAACAUCCAAAGCCUCUUCUUUUAAUCUUAAACUACAUCGUCCAUAUGCGUGAAACGUUGGCAAGGGCUCGGAGGACCACAUGACAAAGCCUCAUGUUGAAGUUCAGGUCCAAAUUCCCUGUGGCAGAAUAGAAAAAUCUAUGACAUAUUAACCAACUUAGCGUUGCACAUCCUGGCAACUUUUCCAAGCGCCUGGGAACCAUUAAUCAAUCGUCGGCGCAAUCGACGGAGUCGGCGCAGAGUCAUUCGGAGCAGCAUGUAUCAGGAGAUUCUGGCCUUUGCGCUGGCCACCUCGGGAUGGAUCCUCGUGUCGUCCACCCUGCCGACAGACUACUGGAAGGUGUCCUCGCUGGAUGGGACGGUCAUUACCACGGCAACUUACUGGGCCAACCUGUGGAAGACAUGCGUCACCGAUUCCACCGGGGUGUCCAACUGCAAAGAUUUUCCCUCCAUGCUGGCGCUGGAUGGUUACAUCCAAGCUUGCAGAGGGCUGAUGAUUGCAGCGGUGUGUCUGGGCUUUUUUGGUACCGUCUUCGCCCUGGUGGGAAUGAAGUGUACCAAAAUUGGAGGAAGUGACAAGAGCAAAGCGCGGAUCGCCUGCUUCGCCGGUGUCAGCUUUAUCCUCAGCGGUCUGUGCUCACUCUCAGGUUGUUCCCUCUAUGCACAUCGCAUAACAUCGGAAUUUUUCAACCCAUUGUAUGUUGCACAAAAGUAUGAACUGGGAGCAGCACUCUUCAUUGGCUGGGCAGGUUCUGUGCUCUGUAUUCUUGGCGGAUGUGUGCUCUGCUUCUCGGUGGCAGACUGUAAGAAAAGCCAAACAAAUUAUGUCUACAAAGGCGCUGCCUCACAGUCGCAUAUCUCCUCCUACCAAAGAGGAAGAGGGCCGUCUGUGAGCCAGAGGCCGCUUCCUGAAAACAGCAGCUCCUCCAGGGCUCCUAACUUCGAUAAGAACAUAUACGUGUAAAUGAUGUGAAUAUUAAGAGACGCCGCGUGGUGGGUAAGAUAGUGUGGAAGAAAAGAUAACAUUGCACCGGAGGAAAGGUUUUUGUUGAGCACUAGGUGAAUUUAUUACUACAGUCAUAAUGAAAGGUCAUUGCGGUCCAAUGAAAAAUAGGUGUGUCGAAGUUCUUUGCAGUUUUCAAACACUACAGCAAAAAA